ACACAAUUUCAAUUGCCAAAUCAGAGAUACAAUCUCUCCUCUUCCCCCCUUUCUCUCUUUCACGCUCCAGUCUUCUCACAUUCACGGCUGUCGCCGCCUGCGGUGUCGCUAGCGUACGACACUCAGGCCGCCCCCGCCCGCCUCCUAUCCUAUCUCGGUCUCUCUCUCAAUCUCAACUCCCCAAAUCAACACCCAAUCUAAUCUCUUCCAUCUCUCUCCCUCUUUCUUUUAUAUUGUUGUCUGAUUAUUUGGCUUAUAUGAUUCUUAAUUUCUACCAUUACUUAUGAUGAUUUAGGCAUGUACACCACAAGUAUAAACCUAUUUUGAUAUGGCAGAAAUAGGUGAAUUUUGGGGUGUGUUUGUGUAAUGUUGCUCCGCUUCAUCCAAUGGUGUACCCUCAGCUUCUCCCUUUCCCCUCUUCACACACUCUCUCUCCUACCCCAAAGUAACAAACCCCCCCGAAAAACCACUACUACUAACUGGAACACCACCCACAAAUUUGUACUCUCAAAUCCCACUCUCUCUCUUCUAGAGACCAAAUGCAAAUCCAUUUUCCACCUCAAGCAAAUCCAGUCUCAAAUGGUUGUCACUGGCCUCGCUCUAGAUGGCCUGGCUUACAGCCGCUUGGUAACUUUUUGUGCACUUUCUCAAACGGGGGAUCUUGAUUAUUCCAAAAGGCUACUGUUUUCGAUGCCCAAUCCAAAUGCUUUUUCGUGGAAUGUCGUGAUUAGGGCGACUGGUGAGAGCCAGUCUCCGUUUGAAGCUUUGGUUUUGUACAAGAAAAUGUUGGUUUUCUCGAGUUUCGGUGGUGUUGGUUUGAGGCCCGAUAACUAUACCUUUCCUUUAUUGUUCAAAGUUUGUGCUAAAUUCUUGCUUUCUCGUUUGGGACAUGGGAUCCUCGGCCAUGUUGCCAAGCUGGAUUAUGAUGGAGAUAUAUAUGUGCGUAAUGCUUUGAUCCAUUUUUUGGCUGCUUGUGGGGAGUUGGAGGCUGCCCACCAAGUGUUUCAGGAUAGUUGUGUGAGGGACUUGGUUUCUUGGAAUUCGUUGAUCAAUGGGUAUGUGAAGAGUGGGAGAGGGGAGGAGGCUUUGAGGGUAUACAGUGGAAUGGAGAUGGAGAGGAGUGUUGAUCCGGAUGAGAUCACCAUGAUUGGGGUUGUUAUGGCAUGUGCUCAGUUGGAGGAUUUGGAGCUUGGGUGCAAGUUUCACCGAGAUAUAAGAGAACGAGGGUUGAAUGCGGGCGUCCGGCUUGGUAAUGCACUUCUGGAUAUGUAUGUCAAGUGUGGGGAUCUUGAGAAAGCGAAGGAAUUGUUUGAGAGCAUGGAGGAGAAAACGAUGGUGACUUGGACUACCAUGAUGGUGGCGCAUGCAAAACAUGGCUAUUUAGACGUUGCACGGAGGCUCUUUGAUGAAAUGCCGGAGAAGGAUGUUGUCCCAUGGAAUGCAAUGCUGAGUGCUUAUGUCCAAACCCAGCAUUGCAAAGAAGCAUUGGCAUUGUUUAAUGAGAUGCAAGAGAUGAAAGUUAAACCAGAUGAGGUGACCAUGGUUAGCUGCUUAUCUGCUUGCGCACAGCUGGGAGCACUCGAUGUUGGAAUUUGGAUUCACCAUUACAUUGAAAAGUAUAACCUCUCCUUGAAUGUCGUUCUUGGGACAGCUCUGGUGGACAUGUAUGCCAAGUGCGGUAAUAUCACAAAGGCACUACAGGUUUUCUGUGAGGUUCCAGGAAGAAAUGCUCUAACUUAUACAGCUAUAAUUGGUGGCUUAGCACUUCAUGGUGAUGCACAAGAUGCGUUGUCUCUCUUUCAUGAGAUGAUUCGUGCUGGCCUAGUGCCGGAUGAAGUAACUUUUCUGGGGGUUUUAGCAGCUUGCUGUCAUGGAGGUUUGGUGGAAGAGGGACGGAAGAUAUUUUCACUCAUGAACUCCAGGUUCAACAUCCCCCCCAAAGUUAAGCACUAUUCGUGCAUGAUCGACCUUCUUGGUAGGGCUGGUCUUCUUAAGGAAGCAAUGCAACUUCUCGAAGGCAUGCCUAUGGAAGCAGACGCUGUGGUUUGGGGAUCCAUGUUUUUUGCUUGUCAAAAGCACAAAAAUAUCGAGUUUGGGGAGAGAGCUGCAAUGCAACUUCUCCGGUUGGAUCCUUAUGAUAGUGGGAUUUACGUGUUGCUUGCAAGCAUGUACGUUGAAAGAAACAUGUGUCAUGAGGCCGAGGAGGUGAGAAAGUUGAUGAGGGCAAGAGGAGUGGAUAAGACCCCUGGUUGCAGCUCCAUCGAGGUUAAUGGAAAUCUGUACGAGUUCAUAGUUAGAGACAAAUCACAUUCUCAAUCUGACAAGUUAAACGAAUGCUUGGCUCAGUUAACUAAACAAAUGAGGCUUGUAGAAUGCGCGGCCACGCUGCCUCACUUGUAGGGGGAGAUUAUAUUUGGAUCGGAUAUUCGCAGCUAACGCAUCUGGGAGUUGUAACUUGUAGGUCAGUCAGGAUCUCUUUUUUUUUUGGGUCCAUUAAUAUAGUCAUUUUAAACACAGUUCAGCUCACAUAUGGUUAACAUUUCAAAUAUUUCUUAGGUUGAUUUUUUAAAGUGAAUCCUAUAUAGUUCUCAUUUGUGUGCACUUCUAUAAUUUUUUCAUUGGCACACAACAGUUUGUCAAACUUAGUAUUUUCCCCUAUGUUUUGUAAUAUCAGAUGUAGUUAUUUGACAUAAUUCUGUGAGUGAGAACCUGA